UCAGAUUCUGCUUGAUGAAGCAGACGAUACCAUCUGUGAAGAAAUAUCUUUAAGAUUCCCAGAAAUCAUGUCAGUAGGAUCGCAUUCAUUCUCCCCAGGAGGCCCUAAUGGGAUUAUUAGAAGUCAGUCCUUUGCUGGUUUCAGUGGUCUUCAAGAAAGAAGAUCCAGAUGUAAUUCCUUUAUUGAGAAUUCCCCUGCACUCAAGAAACCCCAAGCCAAAGUGAAGAAAGCACACCAUUUGGGGCACAAAAGUAGCAGCUCCGCUAAGGAACCUCAGCCUGAAAGAAUGGAGGAAGUUUACAAGGCCUUAAAGAAUGGACUGGAUGAAUAUUUGGAAGUGCAUCAAACAGAACUGGAUAAAUUAAAUACUCAAUUAAAGGACAUGAAAAGAAAUUCACGGCUGGGGGUGCUGUAUGACCUUGACAAGCAAAUGAAAGCAAUUGAAAGAUACAUGAGAAAGCUUGAGUUCCAUAUCAGUAAGGUAGAUGAACUCUUUGAAGCCUAUUGUAUCCAAAGACGGCUUCGUGAUGGUGCCAGUAAAAUGAAGCAAGCAUACGGGUUGUCCCCUGCUAGCAAGGCAGCUCGAGAGAGUUUGUCAGAAAUCAACAAAAGCUAUAAAGAAUAUACAGAGAGCAUGUGUGCCAUUGAAGGAGAGCUGGAAAAUUUAAUGGGGGAGUUCUGCAUCAAGAUGAAAGGUCUGGCUGGCUUUGCUCGACUUUGCCCUGGAGACCAGUAUGAGAUUUUCAUGAGGUAUGGCCGUCAAAGAUGGAAACUAAAAGGCAAAAUAGAAGUCAAUGAUAAGCAAAGCUGGGAUGGAGAAGAAAUGAUCUUCCUCCCCCUUAUUGUUGGGCUGAUCUCCAUUAAGGUCACAGAAGUUAAAGGUCUUGCUACUCAUAUUUUGGUUGGAAGUGUUACUUGUGAAACAAAAGACUUGUUUGCUGCUCAGCCUCAGGUUGUCGCUGUGGAUAUCAAUGACCUUGGCACAAUAAAGCUGAAUCUGGAAAUUACUUGGCAUCCAUUUGAUGUGGAAGACAUUACCCCAUCAACAGGCAACACAAACAGAGCAUCGGCUCUUCAAAGGAGGAUGUCCAUUUAUAGCCAAGGCACCCCAGAAACACCAACUUUCAAAGAACAUUCAUUCUUUUCAAAUUUACCAGAUGAUGUUUUUGAAAAUGGAACGGCAGAAAAUGAGAAAAGGUCAUUAUCUUUCAGCUUCAAUGACAUUACCAAUGGACAUUGCACUACAUCAUACUGUUCAGCGGACUCGUCUUCCACCAUAGAUAAUUCUAAUCCUGAAAUUAUUGCCACAACCCCAGAAACCAGUGGGAAAAGGUUAUCCAAACCUCACACUGUGCACAAUGUUCAUUCAAGCUGUGAGGACUCCACAUCUGAAUCCAACAACUUAAAGUCACAAGAGCAUGAUGAAAAUAUGACCACAAAUCUAGAUUCUGAAGUUUGCCAAAACACUCUUCAUUUGAGAAGCAACGGCGUGUUCUUAGCAAGUAAUGCCUCAGUGUCACUUCUUCAGGAUACAGAUGAGUUAUCAGAAGUCAAACCUGUAGAAUUGGAUACUUUUGAAGGCAAUAUCACAAAGCAGCUGGUUAAAAGACUGACAUCUGGAGAGGGGCCAAUGACACCCGAAAAGUUUCGUUGUGAGGGGUCAAUAAGUGGAGAAUCUGAAGGCUAUAAAUCAUGUGUAGACGGAAGUUUAGAAGAAGCAUUUCAGGGGCUUCUAUUAGCUCUUGAGCCUCAUAAAGAACAGUUUAAAGAAUUCCAGGAUUUGGACCAAGGAAUUAUACAUCUAGAUGAGAUCCUAAAAUGCAGACCAGUAGUAAGUCACAGCAGGUCAUCCAGCUUAAGCUUAACAGUUGAGAGUGCACUGGAAAGUUUUGACUUCCUCAACACUUCUGACUUUGAGGAUGAUGGUGGUACUGAUGAACUUUGCAGUGGUGCUCGUGGUGCAGACUCUGUGUUCUCAGAUACUGAGAUUGAGAAAAACAGUUACAGGUCAGAACACCCAGAAGGCAGAGGGCAUCUCAGUGAAGCCUUGACAGAAGACACAGGAGUUGGUAACAGUGUUGCUGGAAGCCCUCUUCCAUUGACCACAGGAAAUGAAAGCCUUGAUAUCACCAUAGUCAAGCACUUGCAGUACUGCACACAGCUUAUCCAGCAAAUUGUAUUCUCUAGCAGAACUCCAUUUGUCACAAGGUAUCUUCUGGAUAAGCUAUCUCAACAAAAUUUAGUGAUUCAGAGUCUUGCAGAGAUCAGCAGCGAGACUCUGGGGAACUUCAGACCUAUAAGUGAAGCAAUUCCAGAACUUCAGAAAAAGAUAUCCCUUCUUUCUUUCUGGAAUAAGUGUACCAAUUCUUCUGGGUUGUAUCACACCUCUGCAGACAAAAUGAUUAAACAACUGGAUAUCACUUUUGCUACAGUGGUGAAUGAUGAAUGUCCAGGACUUUCAGAAACAGUAUUCAAAACCUUGAUUUCUCAUAUCUCGGACCGUGCAGAACCUAUCCUCUCCUCGAGCCUGUCCUUGGAAAUCAUAACAGUUUUUCAAUAUUACAACUAUUUCGCUAACAAAAAUGUUAGUGAUCUGGCAAACUAUUUGCUUCAGCUUGCAAGAGAAGCUUUAAUAGUACAAACUCUACAAUCCUUAAGAGAUGAAAAGUUCUUGCAGAACAAGGCCAGUUUAACUUCCAUCAGUCUCUCACCUCAACAAGAAGUGCUGAAAUCUUUGGCUGUCCUUCUGACUGAAAAUAAAAGGGAGACCUGUGAAGCUGUGAUAACAAUAUUGUCAGCUGCCGCAGCAGAAAACAAGCACUUCAGGGAAAAGGCUUUAAUUUAUUACUGUGAAAGCCUUGCCCAGCCCAGCCUCCAUCUGCAGAAGGCUGCUUGCCUGGCCUUGAAAUGCCUUCAGGCAACUGAAAGCAUUAAAAUGCUGGUCACUCUUUGCCAGUCUGACAAUGAAGAGGUUAGGAAUACAGCCUCUGAAACCUUGCUCUCUCUUGGAGAAGAUGGACGGCUGGCAUAUGAACAGCUAGACAAAUUCCCCCGUGAAUUUGUUAAAGUUGGUGGUCGACAUGCAACUGAAGUGGCUACAGCUUUUUAAGUGUUUCAUUUGCAUUUUAAGACAUGCCAACCUCAUCUUAACCAAGAUGGUCCUGAAAGUGAAUUGGAAAUACAAAACCCAUUCUUUUGAAAUUUCUUUUGAAACUUAGGAACUCAUCAGCAUUCAAAGAAAAAGAGAGAAUUUAAUGCAUGGGCUGCUGUUGGCUUUUCUGUGUAGCUUAUAGUGAAAUAUUGAUUUGUUGAAGAUUAUGAUAAUCUUGCUUUUUUGUGAAAUACAUGUAAUUGUUGUAAAGCCUUGGAAAAAUGAGAGAUGUUUUGAAAUUAUUACAUAAGACAUGUUUAAUGUAGAGCAGUGCUUGUUUGGUGGGCAUAAUUGUGCCAGUUUGGAAUAUGUGUUGAAAACAUUGAAAAGCAGACAUUUAAAGCCAUUCUGAUUCCCACCUACUCUGAGCCUCUGUAUUUGUCAAAUAUCUGCCCAUCUGAUUUUAUUAGUAGUAGUCAUCUAGAUUAGGAUAAGCAAUAUUCAAUUAGGCCAAAGGAUGUGAAACUCCAGACAGUGUGAUUUGUGCCCCAUUUUUAAAUUUCCUUUCUUCCUUUCUUCCUGCCCUUCACUCAGAAAUGCACAUUGAUGCUAGAAUACUUUUUUUAUUGAUAACCAAUUGUGUGAGUUGUGUAAAGCAAAUAGAAAAUUAAAUUUGCUCUUUUUUCUACAAAGGAUUAUAUAGAGUAUACUUAAUUACAGGUAAGCCCUGAAUUCCCAGACUUUCAGGGAAGAGUGAGGUUUUGUUACUUGUUAAGAGCUUGAUUUAUUUAAUUUUUUCAAUAUGACAGAUGACAACAAAGAUGUCUUCUGGGCUCCCUUAUAGAGCAUACAGUAAUCAAGGUAGUUUAUAGCGUAAUCUGAUGCAGACUUACUCUGAAGAAAAUCCUCUUGAAUUCAUCCUGAUUUACUCUCAAAUAAGAAUGCAUAGGAUUGCAGCCCCAAAGUGUUUAACCGAAGUCCUUGCUACUAUUUCUAUGGAUUAUACAAUUAUAAAAGCAAUUAGCUUCUCUGCUACUGUUGGGGUGCUACAAGGAAAAAAAAAAUCAUCAGUCUCUGAAUCAGGUAGAUUUUGAAGUUUGGUUUAGAAAUAUGAUCUAAUAAAGCCCUUUUUAGAAAUGCAUUGUUAAGACAGUAUUUUUGUGAAUGUUAUAAUGUUGUAUAUAUCUGUAUAUUUAUAAAUUGCAUAUAAAUAUUACUUGAUUAAAACUACAUUUGUACAGUUACUGAAAGGUCUAUUGGAGAAAAAAGCAUUUCUCAUAACGUGUGAAAGUGUUAUGCUUCAGGUUUUUACAGCACAUUGCUCACAUGAGCUUGCAACCUUUUAUGGUCGUCUUUUGUACUGAUUCUUGACUUAUAUAUGCCUUCUAAUUUUGUGGUAUUUGUUACUUCCAGUAUUUACUGCUCCCUUUAAGUUAUAAUAAAUAUUA